ACAUUUGGAGUGUUUCUAUUGUCAUGUUUUAACAAUGUCUGCAAAAAUUUCUAGAAAUCCCAAACCAAGAUAUCAACCUGAACUUGGUGUUAAACAAGAUUUUGAAACGUUGCUUCAAACAUUUGCUGAAUUCGGAACUGUCAGAUACGCGAAAUUCGCUGAAGUAUGGCGAGAUAUGAACAUGUCUUAUUUCUGUGCCGGGCGGCAGUCACAGAGAGAAUGCAGAGAGUUUGUGGAGGAAGUAUUUGACUUGGCUGUGCCCUACUGGCUGCCCCCAUCUUCCUUCCUGGUGAGGGCUGGGGCUCUCUACCUCAUGUAUGGGCUGUACAACUUCCAACUUGUCAUACCCAAGGUCAAGUUCCGUGUGACAGCAGAUCAGUGGCGGACUAUCCUGGAGUUCCAGCAGGAGGCUCGGGAUCAACAGCAUCUCGACCUCGACUAUGUCUUCCAGAAGAUGGUCCUGGAGAAGGCGUUCUGCUAUGUCGCCACGCCGAAGGAGAUGUAUCCGACCUCCAAAGAUCAGAAUGAGUCCACAUACAUCUCAGACAACCUGAAGGAAGAGUCUUCAACUGUCGAGGACAUAUUCUCAAGUUCUGCUCUAAAUCAAUUGUCUUUAGUACACGACCAAUACCACAAGAUGAAGGCAGCACUGAAUUCCAAUGACGCCUCCAUGCCGGAUACAUCCCUCAGUAUUGCUCACAAGGACUGGAUACAGACCCUGUACAAAACAUUAAAAACUUACAAGGAAAAACAUACCUCAACUUGGGUACAUAGUCAGGAUUUAGAAGGUGACGGAUCAAAGGAAGAAAAGAUACAGGAGGAAGCGUCUGUAAAGAAGAAGCUGAAGGAGAAGGCGUUUGAGACGACCACCAAGGGCUACCGGACCCGGGGCUCAGUGAAACACGGUGGACAGGUCAGCACAGAGGAAGAGGAGACGGAGGAAACUGAUCAGGACACCAGUGUGGAGGAGAAAGAUAUAGUUGUCGACAAGUCUCAGAUAAGAUACCACGGCCGCGGAAGGAAGAAAGUCAGCAAGAUUUAUGAUGAAGUAGAAGGCAUGGACUUAAGUACAAAGGAUGUAAUUGCUGGACUCACUGAGAACAUUUCAAUGCCAGACUUCACAAAGUUGGCAGCUCGAGUAAAGUCUGCAAACAAGGCUGCAGAUUUAUCAGAGGAGACAAAACCUGAGAUAGGAAAGAAAGGACCUUCCACGAAAAAGUUGUCUAAAACAGAAAGUACAUCAGAAUUAUUCUCUGGAGGCAAUAUAGAUCAAGAGAUGGAAGAUACCCCAUCAGUGAAAAGAAAAACAAGAAAAACCAAGGAAAGUGACAAAAUAAUAGACGAGCAAUCUGAAAAUGAGAAUGAAGACAUUGUUGCAAAUGAAUCAAAGAAAAAACCUAAACCCAACAGAAAGCUACCAAAAGAAAAAAGCGUGACAAAUGACAGUGCCUCUAUGCAGCAAUUUGGUACCGAAAACAAACUCAAGACAACACCUAAAAGUGACACCAAUAAUCAGCAAACUAAACAACCAAAGUCAUCAGGGAAGAAGACCAAGAUCAAAUCAGAGGCAGUUAUAGUAAAGGAGGAGCCAGAAGAAACGAAACCAGAUGGUCCUACCGCUCAAGAACGAUUACAGCAGAAACUGAGAGAGAGGCAAAAACAAGCCCGUAGCAAGAAACGUUCAAAAUAGAUGGGUGGGAUAGUGGUACAUUAACUGCCCAUUAAAUAUGUUCAUAAAUUAACUUCAGAUUGCAAUUUUGAUGUUUUUGAUCUGCAUAGUAUACAAACUUGUGAAUAUUGAGUAUCCAGCUAACUAUUACAUGUUCCUAAAGCCUUGCAUUAUUUCAUAGGUCUAAAAUAUUGUCUUUUUUGUUGUUGCAUGCACAUAUUCAAGUUUGUAUCAAAUUUACAUACAAACUUAAAAACAAGUAAAACAUUAAAUAAUCAUAAUGUUAGCGGAUGGUACUGUGUUUUCUCCAAUAAAAGAUUCAAACCCCA